AUGCUGUUAAUCCAACACUGCCUCUUCCUCCUUUCCACUGCUGCUGCUGCGCUAGCUGCUGCUAGUGGUAGUUAUUACAGUAACGAUGAACGUGAUGCAGCAGCUCUCCUCCAACUGAAAACCCACAUCAUCUCCGCCACUUCUUCUUCCGAUCAUCCUCUCUCCCGCAACUGGACCGCCGCGGCGACAGCCCAAGUCUGUAGCAGCUGGGUCGGCGUCUCCUGUGGACAUCGCCACAGGAGAGUGACAUCAUUGAAUCUGGCGAACAUGGGGCUGCAGGGGACUCUGCCUCCCCACAUUGGGGAUAUACCAGUUGAGAUAGGCAACCUUAAAAGGUUACAGAAAUUAAAGUUGUGGCAUAUUGGUCUUUCUGGAGUCAUUCCACCUGUUAUAUUCAAUAUUUCUACUCUUCGAAUGGUGGUUCUUUCAGAGAAUAGGUUGUUAGGAAUUCUGCCACAUAAUUUGUGUUAUCAUGCGCGGGGCCUUGAAGAAUUAUAUUUGCAUGAGAAUCAAUUACACGGUGGAAUUCCUGCGAGAAUUGGAAAUUGUACAAAUCUUCAGAUUGCAUCAUUAUCUUAUAACCCAUUUUCUGGAAGUAUUCCAGUCACCAUUGGGAAUUGCAGCGUUCUCCGGGAAUUAUAUUUGGCUGACAAUUAUUUGACAGGAAAUCUCCCUCCAACAUUUGGCUCGCACCUUCCAAAUUUGGAGUGGCUUAGUUUUGCAGGCAAUAACCUCAAUGGAAGCAUCCCACCGUCCAUCUCCAAUGCUUCUAAUCUUGAACUUUUGGAACUUUCAAUAAAUUCAUUCUCCGGCUGUGUUCCCAAUACAUUUGGCAAUCUUCAGAUGCUCCAAAGCCUUUACAUUUGGGGUAAUAGUAAUCUAGUGGUAGAUCCAUCUUUCCUCACUUCUUUAACAUCAUGCAAGAGUUUGAAAAUCUUGGAGAUCUCGGAUACUUCAUUUGAGGGUGCAUUACCACCUUCCAUGGGGAAUCUCUCCUCGUCUUUUCAGUAUUUUCUUGGAUCUAACUGCAAGAUACAAGGCAAUAUUCCAGUAACGAUACGCCGCCGAAAAAAGAGCUCGGAAGAGAGGAACAAGGUGAAGGAAGAAUUAUUGGCUUCACUAACAUGGAGAAGGAUUUCCUUGCUCGAGCUUCAACGAGCUACUAAUGGAUUUGACGACUGUAACUUAUUGGGAAAGGGAAGCUUUGGUCGUGUGUACAAAGGUGUUCUAGCUGAUGACACUAAUGUAGCGAUAAAGGUGUUUAGUGAAUUGGAAGGAGAAGCUGAUGAUGAUGAUGACGACAUAUUUGGUAAUGAUACUGAAUGUGAAGUUUUACGAAAUCUCCGACACAGAAAUCUCAUUAAAAUUAUCAGCACUUGUUACACGACUGGUUUCAAAGCAUUGGUAUUGGAGUUCAUGCCUAACGGGAGCUUGCAUAAGUGGCUAUAUUCGCACAACUACUUUCUCGACAUUUUUAAGAGGCUGGACAUUUUGAUCGAUGUUGCAUCGGCUCUUGAAUAUCUCCAUCAAGGUUAUUCCAUUCCAGUUGUUCAUUGUGAUUUGAAGCCAAGUAAUGUGUUGUUGGAUGGAGAUCUCGUUGCUCAUAUAGCCGAUUUCGGCAUUUCCAAGUUCCUUGGAAGCGGGGAUUCCAUGACACGAACAUUGACCCUUGCUACAAUUGGAUACAUGGCACCAGAGUUUGGCAUGGACGGAAUAGUGUCGACAAAGAGCGAUGUGUACAGUUUUGGAAUUCUUGUGAUGGAAGUGUUCACUAGAAGAAACCCGACAGAAGAAUCAUUUCAAGAGGGAAUGAGCAUGAAGCAAUGGGUUACGACAUUAGUGCCCGAGGGAGUCACGAAGUAUGCUGAUGCAAAUCUACUGAAUUGCAACAGUAACAGGGAUUUUAAGUCUAGAGAAAGUUGCAUAUCUUCAAUUAUGAAACUGGCGUUAGAAUGUUGUGCUGAUACACCAAGGGAUAGGUUGGCCAUCAAUGACGUACUUGCCAAUCUCAGAAAGAUUAAGUCACAAUUGCAACAAGAUCUUUGUCGUCGAGCAUGAAGACUAUACAGGAAUAAAUGUAGGGAUUGUUUUAGCAUUCGGGUGAUUUAUUGAAUACAUUCUAAGCUUUGUUUGUGGCUAAUCACAUGUUUCAACUUUCAGUUGUCACUCAAAUCCUCAAACACAUCUACUUAUGCUGCAGGUAAUACUGCUUCUAAUUAAAGUGGAAAGUUUGCUACAUUUGUGCUCCAUUCUGGAGUGUAAAUAAUUCAGCAUUGUGAUUUUCAAAAUGAUUCAAUUGCAUUGUGGUAAAACUAUUCAUCCCUCUUUAUUCACGACAUGAUUUCCUUCCUAAGUUUGUGUAUGUGAUUCUACUGAUUUGAACUUAGUCCAACUGCCGUUGUGCUGGCAAAUGCUGUUGGCUCUGGGAAAAGGGAUUCUCUCGUUCUUCAGCUGGCUAUGCAUGCUUUUUGUGUUGAUUUAAGCUGGAUGUGCUCCCUGUAUGGAUUUUAAAAAAAAACUCCUUUGGUCUUACUUCAGCUUCUCAACUACACAAUGUUUGAAAUGCCUGACCAAAUUGAGUCUGCAAUAUCAAUCUUUGUGAACCUUGUGGGAAACUGAACUUAACAAAUUGUUGAUAGUCCAAAUAUAUAUUGGUAAAACCGUAAUAAGAUGCGAUAUAAGUAUAACCGUGUCAGUUUGGUCUUUGGUAUGCAGUUUAACCGGUAUGACAGAGUACUGUGGGAUCAGAUUAUAUGAUUUAAUGCAUGGUGUUGCGGACCAUGAGCAAAUCUAGAAUAUUAGAGUGGCCAAUGGAUCUUGCGACGAUCAAGGAAAAGGUGAGGAAGAUGGAGUACAAGAACAGAGAGGAGUUCAGACGCGGCGUGUGGCAGAUCGCUUUCAAUGCCCACAAAUGCAAUGACGGGCGAAACCCUAGCAUCCCAACUCUAGCUGAUCAGCUUCUAUAACUCUGCUACUUCUUGUUAGGACAGAGUGCGAGCGAGUUAGCUGAAGCUGAAGCUGGGGUGGGAAUGUAGAACAGUAUGAUGCAGGAGGCAGAGGAAAGUUCUUGCUUCAUAACAAGAAAUUCUUUUAAUAAUUGGCCAUUGUUAACGUUCCAUCCAAGUGCGUUGCAUAAGCGUUGAAAAAGUUGCAUCGUUAAUUCGAUCCCGAAAUCUAGUGACAUUUUGAUACUAAGGGUACACAACAGGAAGAAAGAAA